CGAUGAGGGUGUCGAUCAUUGCGCGUCAGGCCCUUGUGCAGGCCACUCUUCUCUCAAUUGCCUCCGCUAUUCCCGCUCCAACGGCUUUCCCCAGCACCAACAACGACAACAGUGCCGCUGCCGCCCCGCCCGACCCGGUCAUCACCCCUUCACCCGUCCAGUACAACCCUUCUCCAGUCGUACCAGUCGCACGUCGGAAUAUCUUGAGUGAUGUUGAUUCGGAUAUCAACAGUGUCCUCUCAGGGCUUGGGUCGGAUCUCCCCUCGUGGGUCGCAUCGGGUGUGCCCAACUUCUUCCAGGGCUUCCCCACGGGAGAUGCUGUCGUGAGCUCUCUCGGCCUGAACAGCGCCCAAUUGGCAGCACUUCCCACCAAUGUCUUGAACAUUGAUCCCUACGCCAAUUGGACCAGCUCCGGCUGGAACGUCCGCUUCCACGGAAACGUUUACAAGCAGCCAAACACCUCCGUCUCCGACCUGAACAAGUUUGCCAAUGUCUUUCUCGGGAACACAAGUAUCGAGGAUCUGCCGGAGUCCCAGCAGGCCCAAGCACGCAAUCUGACAGCCGAGAUUCUGGUGGUUCAGCAGCCGCACGUUGCCGUGAACACCAUCCACCUCGAGCCGGCACCGAGUCAGGGAGCCAGCGGAGAGCCCGGUGGCGGCGGCGCAUCCAACACCACCGGCGGUACGCAAGACUUGACUCUUCCGUACAACACCACCGCUGAAGGCGAUUUCGAUGCCUUCGUGCCGAUUGACAGCAACGGCCUGACCGCGGGGAAUGAAACCUCGGCAAUCCAGAGACUCAACACUUACGUGGAGGGCGCAUCGAUUGGAAACAGUACCGCCUACUUGGUGCCACCCAAGGGUCUUACCAUCGUGUCUGACAUUGACGACAUCCUUCGGGUCACCAAGAUCUAUGAACCGGAACAAGGCUUGCUCAACUCGUUCGCGCGUCCUUUCACGCCGUGGGAGAACAUGCCCGACCUUUACCGCAACUGGUCUAUUAACAUCCCGGACAUGCACUUCCACUACCUGACUACCACCCCCGAGCAAGUGACCAGAAACUACAUGCAGUUCAUCUACACCCAUUACCCUGGGGGCUCCUUCGACACACGUCCCCUUAAUUUCAGCGACGUCUCGGCCACCCUGUCGAUCCGCAAGUUCCUGCUGAAGAAGGUCUUCGAAACCUUCCCCGAGCGCAAGUUCAUCCUGAUCGCGGAUACCAGCAACAGCGAUGUCAUGCGGGACUACCCUGAGAUGGUGACCGAUUUCCCCGGACAAGUUCAAUGUAUCUGGCUCCGCAACACCUCCGCCACCGACUCGGGCGACAAGUUCCCGUACGACACGUCCGGGUUCAAGAACCUGAACCAAUCGCAGUACAUGUUCUUCCUGCAUCCGAACGACCUCACCAACCUGGAUGUCGCGAAUGGCCAAUGCUACAACCAGUCCAUUGCCCAGAACCUGACCUUCAGCUACCAGGGACUGCCCUUUGGGCUUGGGGAUGACCCCACCUCGGUCAAUGCGUCCGCGAACGGCACCGAAGAGAAUGCAGCUAGCGGACUCUCGACGAGGGGGGCCGCUGGUGCGCAGAGCCUGCUGGCAUUGGUCGCGGCGAUGUUCACGGCCACAUUCAUGUUCUUGUAGAAUCAUGUCGAUACGAAUCAUGUUAUAAUGUCUUGUACAUUUCAAACACAUCAUAU